CUUUUAUUUAUUAAUUAUUAAGAGAAUACAAAUGAUUUGUAAAACACUUCAUUUAUUUGGAAUAAUAAACUCGCGCUCUAAGCAACGCAUUAUAAAUUACAAAAAUAGUGCAGUGAACAUUAAUGUUAUGUUACCAGACUACCUUAUUUGUAUCUUCGAAAAUAAACUAAACGUCCAUGUAAAAUGUAACAGCAUGUGAAAAGUGAUACAAUAUAACUGUUAUACUAUCUGCGUGAUGCGAUGGUCAGAAGUGUUUACGGCGCUCCUCAUGUUAUCCGGCUACCGAACCAUAAAUACGCAAUAUAAAUCAUAUAGUGUAGAGACACCUCGGAACCUUGCUCUCGCGAGGAUGGUAACCGUCCAGGCUGUUCACACACACUCGAGUACUAGGUGGCGACGGUCACGUCCCGGUAUAUAUCGGAGUGUCUAGUAUAUCAGAGAAAGUGUGAAAGUAGCCCCGGUAAUUAACAAAUUAAAAAGCGGACGGUUAGCGUGGUAUGGAUAUGUGAUGCGUAGAAAGAAGAUGCGUGUGACUAGGUGUGUGGAAAUGGUAGUGUAAGGUAAAGGGAGAAGAGGUCGUCCGAAGAUGACAUGGAUGGAGUGUGUGAAUGACGAUAUGAGAGAAAGAGGAGUGAGCGUUGAGAUGCCGGCUGAUAGAAUAUAAUGAAAUAGAAAAAUUCGCUAUGCUGACCUAGUGGGAUAAGGUGGAGAAAAAGAAGAAGAAGAGAUGUCCUGAUGUAGUGUACUAUCUAUUGAUGAUCCAUUAGGUGAUAACGAAUACGGACUGACGACAGUACGUACUAUCCGGAGCUCGAAGGAGCCAAACUUGUUUACACGUAAGCUCGGGCGUUUUCUUAGUAAAAUCCUCAUUCAAUUCGUUGAAUACAAUUUUUACUUUUAUUUGUUCAGUUACUUUAGAAGUCGAUCAUGGUUUAUUCAAAAAUACAGAUUCCUGUUAGAAACCUUGAAACUGUAAAAACCAAAAAAAUCUUGCAAGAAUAUACAUAGAUUUAGACAGACAAAAACCCUUUUUUUGAAAUGCGCGCCUUUUAUUAAUGUCAGACAUCAUGAGAUAGCUGUAGUUUGCACUCUUCGCACGUGGAAGGUAAUAACAGACAUGGCGUCGCGCGUUUCAUUAUGGCAACCAGUGUAAGACUUGGUUAGUACUAUUAUAGAUUAUUUAUUUACUUUUUGUAAAUAUUAUUAAGCGUGUUUUAAAUUAUCAAAAUAUAUUUACGAUGUAUGAUGCAUGAUCGUGUAAAUUAAGAGAAAAUCUAGAAGCAAGUAAAUCAUCUUUAAUAAACUGUCAGUUUUUUUUCUCUCGACCUAAUCGUUGGUAGCCUAAGGGACUGUUGUAGCUACGCCCGGACGGGUAGGCAAGCUCACGGGCUCAACCUGAGAGAGAGUGCCAACACUGGCCCUAGCAAGAUCAAUAUGCUGAAUCUACCACGGAAUGGGAAUCGCGACCUCCGAAAACGGUGACUGUGUUUCAGUUUCGCAAUUAAAUCGUAUCUUACAUAGAUAGCGGUUAACUUGAACCAUUUGAACAGCUUUCCACGACUACAAUACAAAUAUAAAAACUAAUUUGCUGCCGAUGCCAUUAAGUUACAUAAUAUCGUACACAUAAAUUCAUUACAGGUUUAAGUGCUUUCCACUCAGUAAAACUUUUCGUAUAAGUUCUAUUUAUUGAGAGAUUCAAUUGAUAAUUAAGCAUUUUUUAUACGCAGGGUAGUGCUUCGAGCAAAUUCAUUGCAAAUUUAUGAACAAAAAUUUCUGUGCUAUAUAACCAGCAUAUAAUAAUUUCCAAAGGCAUGCACAAAACGUUGAACCGUCGACAGAAAAUGUUGAGCCGGUGCUAUCCAUACUAAUGCAACAUGCGCAACUUUUUAUCAGCAAUGUUAUUAUCAGCCCACUAUUAUAUAACGUGAACCAUUGUCGAUAUCGCUGUCUCUGUUUCACGCGAAGACAAGUGAACCAAAACUUGGUUGAUGAGUGAGCGUGCGGGAAAGAGAGGUAGAGUGUUGCAUUAAAUUUCGAUCUAAUUCUACAAUGUUUUGUCCAAUCGCAGCCGAUCUCUGAGUUUUCCGGUCCUUUGUCAUCAAUGGGUCUUUGGGCGAGUCCAUUUCGAGUGCUAUUUUAAUUCGUUUUUACACAAAUGUACUUACAUAUAAGUCAACAUUGAAAUCUAAAUUGAAUAUCUACGAAUUCCUCUACCUCCAACGUGUGAUUUUAGUAUCGUGAAAGCUGUAUUUAGAGUUGUAGUUGUUACGGCCUUUCGAUACCGGCGACCGAGUACCACUUCAGCUGACUGCGUCGUACGCAAGGCUACUCCAGCCAAACUAGUAGUAAGCCGGCGUUAGAGCGAGGCGGACGGACGGCCGCUCGUCAACUUGUAUGCGGAUGUGUUACUGAAGGUUUAAAAUGGUCUUGGAACGUUUCCCAUAGGUGCGAGAGUGUCAAUAACGAACCGUCUGAUCUUAUUCAAUAAUACUCGAUAUCUGUGCCGUGCAAACGCGACCGUGGGCCGCGCGAGUGAAUGUCGGUGGACGAUCCCGAGAGCCGAGGCUCAAUAAUGCUCAAAUUCCUGACCCACAAGCUUCGUACGCAUUCAUUGAAUGAGGAGAACGUAUCCGAGAAGGUGGAGGAGCACGACUCCGGCACGGAAUCGGACGACGAGGCGGACCGAGCCGACUCCGGUGAUCUCAACACGGACGUCAUAAUGAAGUGGAAUGACGGCGCCGACAUCAGUAUGACUGGGGAGGCGUGUGCAUGCGGGCCGACUCCGGCCAGACUUUUGCCUGAACCAGAGCCCGAUCAUCUCUACGACCACCACUCGUCUGAAGAGGAACUCGAGGUGAUCAACGGGGUGCCCAGCUCCGCACCGGCCUGCCCCGGCGCCACCGCGGAGUCCAGGAGACGAGGAGCGUCGUCCCCGCCGCCCACCGCCCCAGAGAAACGCAAGUGGUCAGCGCACCCCUACAUCGACUCCGACGAGCUGACGGCCAGAGCGCCCUCCUCCGACGACGACGACACUAAGGUGGAGACCCCGGUGCGGUUCCGCACGUCUCCCCCGCUGGAGGCACUGAAGCCGCGCCGGGCGGCCGCGGGCUGUGCGUGCGCGCCCGACCGCGCUUGGGAGCCACCCUCGCCGCACCCGCCGCCCUCGCCCCACUCCCCGCACUCACCGCGCCGUCGCCGACACAGACCCGCACUCGACUUUGAUAAAAUGCAACAGCUGAAGAUGGGCGGCGCAGGCGUGUCAGGCGUGGGGUCCGUGGGGCGCAUGGGGUCGGUGGGGCGCGUGGGGGGCGUGCGGUCGUGGCGCGCGGUGGGCGGCGCGCACGCAGGCGAGCUCUCCGUGUUCUGCUGGUGACGGAACAUCGACAGCAAGCGGAGCACCGCCAGCGUCUCAGAGUGUGUGGUGAGUGCGGGCGUGUGAGGGCGCCCGGGGACCACACCGCGCCGCGCGUGCGGUGGUCACUCGUUCGGAUACUACAAGUAAACACGGCUGACUCGCUAGCCGGAUAUGUUAGUUGACUUAUUGAACGUGUGUUUGUAUUGGAGGGUCGUCCUAGAACUUUUUUGUAUUUUUCUACAUACAAAAUAUCAUAUCCACAGCAAAUAGUGCAAUAUGAAUCGUCGCGGGCAUGUCCGCGGCGCGCGGUGUCGACUCGUUUUGUACCUCAAUAUUUAGUAUCGAGUAAGACUUAGAAAUUUUUGUGGUAUUUUUUUUCUGUAAUGUUGAGGUCUAAAACGCAUUGUGGUGAAAAAGAUUUUUUACUGUUUGUAAAAAAAUAUUUAAAUAAAUAUCAUGUCACGGCUACAUUUUUGUCUCGCACGAGCCGAGCGGCGGAGGGCGCGCCGCUGUCCCGGGACAACUAAGUCUUUUGUAAAUAAUGAAAUGAAAUUUUUUGGAAAAUUUUGUAUAUUUAACGUAAAUUGUUGUCCACGGCUAAAGCGCUACACCAGUGACACAACCUUGGAAUCGAACUAAAUACUGUCGACUUUUUGUGUACAUAAUGUAUGUACACCUCACAGUAGACACUAGCGCCCCCUCCCCCAACCCCGCGUCGCCCCCUCCGCCCCGUGCUGCGAUGUCGUGUGUACAUAAAACCAAUGUUGUAAAGCUUUUUGUAGGCAAACGAUAUUGUAUAAUAACCUAAAAUAAUAAAUCGACGUGACUCGUUCGUAAUACUUUGCUGGUUUUUGUAUAAUGCACUCUAAGCGUAUACACAAUAAGUACAAAACGUGUAUUUGCCGUACCGUGUCGUACAUUAGGAGACGGCGCGUAGUGUUCGUCGGACGUGGAAAACGUAAACUCUGCGAUAAAUUAUUUCAAUGUAAUCGCUAAUGACUCCCAAAUACAACUUCGAAGUUCAUAUUCGAUAUAUUUACGAAUAUAAUUUUGUAAAUAUGUAAGUUUUAUUGGCUAGAACCGGAAGGUCUCUGAGAGAUAUUAAUUUUUAUUGAAAAGUCUAAAGUGCGGAAAUUGAAUUGUAGAUAUUACAAUAAAUAAAGUAAAUAUUGGUGAAUUAAAAGCAUAAAAUAUGUCUGAGAAAUAAAACGUUUCAAUUUGAUUAGCGCCACUUUAUUAAUAACUGUGUGUGUAAAAUUUUAUAUGUAAAUAAAUAAUAAUAAUGAUAAUGUUAAUGUGUUAAACAAUUAAUAAAGUAAUCAAUGAAUAUUGUAUAAUGUCACAUUCGUGAACUAGCUGUGCAUUACUGUGAAACUUGUUAGUAAUCUGUAUUCUGUGUGAAGUGACGUCAGGUGACAUUAACGUCAGCUGUCGCCUCCCGCGCGCAGCCGCAGGGACAUUGCAGCUUACUGCCAAACCGCUCGGAUAGUCCGGCUCUGGCCUAGGUUUUGUUAUUGACAUUGGCGACGCCAAGGACGCAGCAGCCGCUCGUUUUUAUAUUUACAUCGUACGUUUACGUUUUCCAAGGUCGACUUGUAGGAUCAUUAUUUUCUAAGAUUUUUUAAAGAUCACAUUUGAAAUUUAUUACUCUGAAAUUUUUUAUAAAAAAUGACUAAUGCAUUGCAGUUUUGUAGACGUAAUGAAUACAAGCUAAGCUCCGAUACAUAAUUAAUGAAUUUUCAUUCAGAACAAGAAGUUUAAUUUUGUAAACAAAACUUCGAAAUGGUUUUGUAUGUGACAGGCUAAAAUAACAACAGAAUUAAAUUUCUCAUGUGGUAUACAUUAAAACUGCAUGGCUUUGGUGAUAAAACAAAUAAUCGGUGGUCAUACUUAUUCGGAGCCACGUUUGUAUAUAAUAUGAAGCCUAGACUUCACUGUGGGAGACUACUGUGCCGGUCGCUCUUGUCAGGCCUGUGGCCGGCGGCCGGCGCAGGCGAGGCGUACCUACGAUUCACGCUCACACUGACAUAUGUGGGUUACUCUGAGGAUUAAUGUUUGCCUUAGUACAACACUGACGUUUGUCUGAAUGGUUAUUGAUACAUUUUGAAGGAGGUAUAAAUUUAUAUGUGUAUUAUUAUCGGUAGAGUUCGAAGUAGGGUUGCCAACCGCACCGUUAAAUAUAUUAUCUUAAUGUGAUUAAUAUGUUUCUAACACAAUUGUGUAAGAGUCGAAAUUUUAUAUGUGGACAACUGAAAUAUUAUGUGUUACUAAAUUUUCUCUAAAAUUAAAUUCAUCGUGAAUCUUAAAACCUAUGUCAUCUACUAUACAUUACUCUUUUAUAUUUAGGUAACAAUUACAAUUUAACAAGUAAUGUAAAGCGCCAGUAAGUAAUUGUGUGUACUCAAAUUUUUAUAAUUUCUUAGUGAUGACAAAGUCAUUACAAAUAAAAUUUAGAAAUCCUUCAUACGCUACUAGACCCGCGACAAGUCACCGUCUGCAUGGCGCUAGAAUUUUGUCAGUAAUUUAGUUUUUCUUGCGAUACGUUUUGAUAUUUGCGUAAUCUGGUUGUCCCGCUUCGACUACAUCUGGCAAUAUUAAGUCUAGUUUUAUCUAAUUAUAGUGUAUUUCAUCUGAGAGUAGUUGGCAACCCUAGCAUGAGGCGUUAAUAGCCUCGGGCGGUUUGAUCUCGAAUUGCGACUGAAUUGCUCGAUGACUGUGUGAAACUGAUCAGCUUCACGGCACACAACUAGCAUUGCUUGUACCGAAUCUAAUUAAUUAAAAUUAACUCACUCAGACUCAACUAAAAUUAACUCACUUACACAAUUUUGCCAGUUAAUUUAAAAAUAAAUUUGCAAUAAAUAUAGUAGAUCACCUCAAGUCCGUGUCGGCUCUGUGGUCCACGGCGCGGGAUAACGUGUUUUCAAUUUGUUAGUUGUGCCCGCCAGCGAUCCGUUUCACGACAAAUAUUCGUGCCCAAAAACGUGAUGCUUCAUAGUUUUAUAUUUUACCAGUUUUUUUUUACCAACGCCUUUGUGUUGCGACGUCGAGCACGAGAAUGCGAGAAGGAUGUGCAAUAAUUGUAAUGUAUUGUAUUGUUGAAUGGAUUUUAAAGUUACGGCGUGAUUUUGACAUUUCGUUUAUCUUUUGAAAGUGUUUGAUUUGUGUGAUAUCAUUCAGCAAUUUGUAAGAAGCUUAGAAGAUUAAAACACAUCCCAAAUGAAUCAACACAAUGACGCCAAGUGGGACUGAAUGUCAGAUUUCAUAACCCUUUGGCCGAGUGGCCAGGUUCAGUGAACUCGCUCGACGUCUGCACCCGGCGCGGUGGUUGGAUCUACUCGUGUGUAUUGUUGCAUACCUGUGUUAGUCGUUUUAGCGGGGCUGAGACAUUGUUACUUUGUAUUGUGUAGUAAACGAAAAAGAAAACUUUUUGAAAUUGGCAGUGAGAGUGAAAUACAGUGGAUUUUACUAUAUAGAGACAAUUAACAAAUUUUUCAAAUUGAUAAUUGAGAAAAUACUAAGACUUAAAAAUUGCUUGAUAAAAUUUAUUGUAUGUAAAUAGCGUUAAGUUACGUAGUGUAUAAGUGCAGUCGAGUCGUAGCGGUGUAACAAAGUGUACGGAGCGACGCUCUGCGUCACGCUUUUGUUAAUUUUCAUUUUAUAAUUGUUUUAAUUCGUUUAGAAAAUUGUUCAAUUUUCGUUACUCAAUAUUUCUUUGUUGACAUUACGCCCUUGAAGAGAUUCAUCGCAGCCUUUUAUUUAUGAUUCAUUCAAUAUUUUGAUCUAAACGUUACUGAAUAAUAUUCGAAAAUUCUGUGGCACGUUCCAGUUUAUAAUCUUCUGUGCUAACAUUGUAAUCAUGUUAUGAAUAAAUCAGCUGAAAUAAAUAAAAAAACGAAAUAUGAAGAAUAUUAUAAAUAGUUUGGCAUUAGCUGUUUUGUGUUAAAUAGAAUUAAAGAAAUAGCUACUGACUUCAUAAUUAUUAAAGUCAACAGUGUUGUACUAAAAGCCUGCGAUGAACCAAAUGAAAGUCAAUGGUGAUUACAUACAUAUAAUAUAUAUAUUUUUAAUAUUAUAUUGACUAACAAGCGUAAUAAAGAGUGAGCAGUGGCACAUCUUGAAA